UCUCCACUCUUUUCUAGCACUGCUUCUGUGAACAGGGAAAUAGAGUUUAAAAAAACAGCAAACCAGGAAGAAAGCGAAUUUAGUGGCAUAAGGAAUUACACAGUCUUGACCAACUGACAAAAUAGUUGAACAUCUAACGCUGUUAAUACCAGAGAUAAUUAACAGCGUUUGCUUUACAAUAAUGUCGUUUUGUGGGAGGGCAUAGUUUCUGCAACAGGUAACUGAUCAUUUGGACACCUGCAUGAGAGAAAUAGAUUCUGAAUCCCAACUACCUCUUGAGUCCGCAAUCAUGAAGUUUCCUGCCUUGCUUUUGGGGUUUGUCCUGAUGUGUAGUCUGGGCAUUGCUGGCUACAUCCAUACCAGGCGUAAGCAAGAGCUGCAACUGAUUAAACAGGCAUCAUUUAUAGAUAUUAAGUUCAGAGUGACCAGAGAUGUUCUUGGAGAAUACCAAGAUCAGUUGAUUCAGUUCAGCACACAAAUGGACAAGACCAAGACAGAGGUGGAUAAUCUAACCAAACACCUGGACCAAGCAAAGACAUCAGUAAAUAAGAAAAAGGCUGACUUUGAUAACUGUAAAGGAGACAAGAAACGAUUGACGGAUGAAAUUGCAGCUACAGUGUCAGAGGAAAAGCAUAUACAGGAUGAGUUUGUGAAAGUGAAGUCUCAAUGGACAACAGAAAUUGAUUCCCUACAAAAGCAACUGGAGCAGGAUAGCACACUUUGCAAGUACAUUGACAAGGCAUCUGAGGAGGGAAAGAAACUGUGUAAAAUAAAAGAACCACAAAAUGCAGAGCCAAAUCCUAAAGAACCAGAGGCAGAAAAACCUAAGGCAGAGGAAGCCAAAGCUGCACCAAAAGUGGACGAACCCAAAGCUGAACAACUAAAUCCAGUGGAACCCAAAGUUGAUCAACCAAAACCUGAAGACAAAAUAGCACCUGAACAUCCAAAUGUUGCUGUGGAGUAAAGAAAAAAUAAGUGAAAGGAGCAUAUUUUUUAGGGAUUUAAAGAACAAUACUACAUCAGCGUCCCCUGAACAAAUAUUUAGGAAGAUUAACUAAACUGGAACAUCUUGCUUGGGUUGAUCUUCAGCAUUCCGGUUUCUCACCUGAGCACACCCAAACUUGGUCUGAGGUUUGGCUGAUGACAUCAUACUCCUUUUUUUUCUGACAAAUAUAUAUUUAUGAGCAAAUUGUCUGCUUUCACAAUUAAAUUAUGAAAAUGAAAAGAAACAUAUUUAUUUUACCAAAAAAAAAUUUCUAUCAAGUUUUUGUUAAUUAAAAAUCUGUCAGGUGUCUUUGCUUUCUUUGUGUUUGUCUUUUUAUAAUUUUGCUCUUUUUUUUUGUCCAUUACAGUGUCAUUUUAACCCUCCCUUAGGCUCACACAUACAUUCCCUUUUGUAUUGACCAAUGGGAAAGCUUUGACCCUAAUACUGUCACUCCUAAUCAUCCUCACUCUGUUGCUCCAGUUAUUGGCAAAAACAAGUGCAACCAAUCAGAUGCUUCACUGAGACAGAACGCAGAUUGUGAAAUUUUAAGAGCUGCUUACUCUUCGGUCUCCUUUAUGAUAGUUUGGGUUUUUGCUGAAAUACUUUGAUGUUAAAACAAAGUUAAACUUUGGUUGGACACUUUUUUUCUUGUAUUCUUCAAAAAAAUAAAAAAUAAAUAAAUAAAUAAA